UCCCGUUGUAUAAAUACACGAUGAAUCUCACCCUAAGCCAUCAGUCCUCUGGUGAUUCCAGCAUAAACAUGGCUUGCAAGUUGAUCGUAAUUUUGGCAGUUGUUUUGACAGCAAAUGCUGCUGUUGUUCCUGUAGCUCCUGCUGCUCAAUUGCUACAGCCAGUAUCUGUAGCUGUACCAGCAAGAAUUGAGGAUUAUGAUGCGGUACCACAGUACAGUUUUGCUUACGAUGUCCAGGACGCACUGACUGGUGACUCAAAGGCUCAAUAUGAGACCCGUAAUGGUGACAUAGUCCAAGGGAGCUACAGUUUAAUUGAGGCUGAUGGAACCCGAAGGAUUGUUGACUACACUGCGGAUCCAGUUAAUGGAUUCAAUGCAGUUGUAAGUCGGGAACCGGCAACUUUUGCCUUACCUGCAGCUCCAGCUGUCGAAAUUGCGCCAGCAGUACCAGUUGCCCCCGUCGCAGCACCAGUAGCACCAGUAUCUCCCUUUGGAUUCGCCCCGGGUCAAGUGAUUCCCGGUGGACCUGGACCGGCUCCAGCGCCAGCUGUACCUGAAAGUGGACCGGAUUCGGAUGUCGAAGUUAUUGACGCACGGUCAGGACCAUUGAGAGGUCAAUCCCGAGAGCAAUCGCAAACUAAUGAAUCUGAGCAGCAAAGAUUUUCUAGCCGCAGAAUCGCUUCUGCUGACGCUAGACAAAACUCAGCUCCAUUGAGAGCUCAGGCCACUCGAUUGUCACCAGAAGAACAGCGAGCUGCUCCUGAGACUAAUGCUCGCAAUGCUCCAGCCCCAGCUCCAGUAGCUCCCAUUCAGGCUCAAGCACAAGUACCUCUGAGUUAUCCCGCUUACUCAGCUUACGUUGGUGCCUACUCAUCGCCAUUCGCAUUCACUUCUCCAGUUGCUGGUCUUACAUACACAAACUUAAAUUUCUAGAUGUCAUAAUUUCAAUUUAUACUAAUAUUUUUGUACAUAUAUUAUAUAAUUGCAAGUAUAUGCAUUUGCUAAAUUACUCUGUCAAUAAAUCAUUUGUAAGCUAUUGUUAA